CAAAUCCUCAGCAUUGUGGCAGCGAUCAUCAAGCAGUGAGCAACAACAUGCCUUUCCAGCCAGAGUACAACUACAAUCCCGACCAAAAGGUGUGGAGUGGCGUCGAUGAGGAUGCCAUCUUCAAUCCGGAACUCUCGCUGGGCGAGAUCACCUUCAACGAGAUGCGUCGCCAUCCCCAGCUGACUGCCCAGAUCUCGGCGACAGAGAACACAACUGUGACCUGGGAGGAAAUGCAUCUCAAGGCACAAAGCGUGGCCAGCUACUUGCGUAAUCUGGGUUUGCAUCAAACGGAUAUCAUCGGUCUCAUUGCCAGAAACACCACGCACUUGUCGGCCGUCAUCUAUGGCUGUCUCUUCAAUGGCUUGGCCUUCCAUUGUGUCAACAUCAAUCACACUCCGGCGACCAUCGAGAAGCUCUACGGCAUCACGAAACCACGCGUCAUCUUCUGCGAUGGCGAUGAGUACGAGAAGAUCAGCAAUGGCACCAAGAACCUGAACACCAAGAUUGUCACAAUGCGCAACCAUCAGCCAGGCUCCACGCCCAUUGAGGAGUUGCUGAACACACCUAUUCUUCCAAACUUUAAGCCCUACAAACUGGAGAAGGGCAACGAUCAGACGCUGGCCAUCAUCUGCUCCUCAGGCACCACCGGAGUGCCCAAAGCGGUGACCAACGCUUACAGCCACAAGUUCUUCAUGACCAGCAAAUAUCUGACCACAGCUGAUGUGCAGUAUUGCCACAGCACUCCCGACUGGGUUACAGGACUCACCACCUACAUUUCCAGCGGCAUUCACAGCACAACUCGCAUCGUCUGCGAUGGCGCUUUUAAUCCUGCUCUCGUCUUGAGCUUGAUUGAGAAGCACAAGAUCACCUGGUGGCUGGGACCGCCAUCGAUGAUGGCUCUGAUGGCCAAUUGCCCCAACUUUGAGACCACCAAGAUCGACAGUCUGAAGCACAUGUUGUACGGUGGCAUGUGCGCUUCCAUCGAGGUGCAGGAUCGCUUCCGCAAGCGUCUCAAUCCCGGCGCAUUGCAGUUUGCCUUUGGCUUCUCCGAGCUCGGCUCAUCCAAUUGCACUCUCAAUAAACACUACGAUGAGAAGCCCAAUUCGGUGGGUCGCGUCCUGCCGGGCAUUAAGAUUAAGAUCAUCAGUCCCUCGAAUGAAGCGCUGCCACCGAAUAAGUGUGGCGAGAUCUGUGUGCAUCCGGGACAGUAUUGGGAUGGUUACUACAACGAUCCCGAGGAGACACGUAACAUGCAGGAUCGCGAUGGUUGGCUCUACACCGGCGACACUGGCUACUUCGAUGACGAUGGCUUCUUGUACAUCUCCGGACGUAUCAAGGACAUGAUCAAGUACAACGGCAUCAUGUACUAUCCCAGCGAAGUCGAGGAUGUCGUCACCCAGAUGCCAGGCAUUGCCGAGGUCUGUGUCUUUGGCCUGCACAGCGACACCACUUGGAUGAAGACUGCUGCCGCUGUGGUGCUUCAGCGCGGUGCCCAAAUCACUGGCGAGGAUGUCUGCAAGUUCGUCAAGGAGCGCGUCGACUCUGACUAUCUGGAGAUCCAUGCUGGCUGCAUUAUUGUCAAUGACAUCAAGCGUCUGCCCAACGGCAAGACGAACCGAAACGCCAUGAAAGAGUACUUCGAGGCCAAUUAUAAAUAAGUCUACUUACCGCCUAGCUCAACUUUUUAUUCAUCUUUUUUUACACAUUAAUCCAUAUAAAUAAAGACUAUUUUUUGUAUACAAA